CGAUUCACAAAUUUGCAAAACCUUGUUUGUCGUCCAUUGAUUUGGUGUUUCAGUAUUGAUGCGACCAACUGUCAUUUGUCAGGUAGUUUUUAGGGACUUGGGUACCACCUAGAAAAAUGCUCCUAGAGAUUUAUGGGUGGCCCUUGCUGUCUUUCGCACCUUGAGCUUUGGCGUUUUUAGAAAUGGAUUUGUCCCUGUGAAGUUGUUUGCAGUAGUUAGUUGUUCUGUGGCGGAAAUUGGGUUCCUCUCUGAAGCUCUGGUGAUAAUUUCACACGACUUGGCUUCAAUGGCGACGAGAAACGGUGAUUGUGAAUCUGUGCUACAGGAACCCACGACAGAGCUGAGCGCUCCGUGCUAUUCUCAGAAAAGUACCCACAAUUAUACCAAGAAUGAUGAUCAUACAUGGAAAUCGCUACCAUUGGAGUCAUGCCUGCCAUCCAUUGCGCAGAGAAGCAUUUCGAGAUGUUCCUUAGACGCAUCAGUCGGGGGCGAAGGUCUAUCACAUUCGGAGAAGCAGAUUACCUGGCAUAGUCAGAGAGAGAUGCUUGAAAAAGAACUAUACGAUUGUGCAAGAGCUCACAAAAGGAGCCUCGUCGAAAGUGCCUAUGAGGUGUCGAAGCUGCAUGUGUCUUUCGGCUUAGUGAAACGACAGGAAUCGCUCGCGAAAGAAAAAUUGGAGGAUGCCAUGGUCGUUGUGGGUAAACUUCAAAUGAAGGUGGAUAGACUAAGUAGCCAGCUCAGGCACUCUGACAACGAGAACAGGAAAUUGAAUGCAGAACUAUCUACCCUGAGAUCUGAUCUGGACCAACAAACUGCUGAUAACGCCAUGCUCCGUAGGGCCCUCGAAGCAUCUAAGAAGAGCAUCAGCAGCAACUUCAUUGAGGGUAUAAGUGAUGUGGAAAGAUUGACUAAAGAAGCAGCACCAAUUAUCGCCCAACACGAGAUGCAAACGAAGCAGUUACGAAAGAUAGAGAAGAACAUGUCAACUGGCGAAGGGUUGGUAACGGAUCAGACAGUUCUAGAGAGAUGGGCUCUGGAGAACGCUCUUCACCUCGCAACAGGUCAGUUGCAAGACUUAAAACGGAGGUUGAUAGACAUGGAUAGGCUUGAAGCGGACUUGUCUACGACCAAGCUACAGCUACAGAAAAUAACGGAUGAGAGGGAUGAGCUUUUAUUACGAUUCGAAGUAGCCACCAAAGAGAUGCAAACUUCCCAGAAGAGGGUGCUAGGCAAUGAAGGGUGUGAAGCAGAGCAUGUUCAACUUGCUCAAAUGAUGGACCAGCUGAAUGCGGAGAAAAUCACGUUGGUACAACAGCUUGACCUGUUAAGGGGAGAGCUGGGAAGGCAAAACGAAAUAUCUAAGAACUCACAAAAUGAAGCUAGCAAGUUUGUGAAUUUGCAGGCAGUGGAGGCCAGACGAGAAUGUGCGAAGGCCCUCAAACUCGUGGAAGACAAGGAGGAGGAGAUCGAGUAUUACAUAAAACAACUUGAGGUGCUGCGGGAGAAAAAUGGCAUGCUACGUACUCAGCUAGAUAUGGAACAACAAUGCAAAGAGGCAGAGGUGGCUUCGCUGCUAGGAGUUCACCAUCAGAGUCCGAAUCAGCUCAGCAACAAUUUGAAUAAUUCCAGUAAGCAGGGAUCAGCGGCAAUCAAAACUGCAGUCAAAUCGAACAUGCCGUCUAUUGAAGAAUUCAGACACGAGACAACCUUCCCAUGGCUUGGAUACCUGACUCAACAUUAUGCUGCACAGCCUCAGCAAGAUUCAACCAGUAAUGGGAAAGAGAAGCCAGCUAUCGAAGCUCAAGAGGAGAUGCCAAUUCAUGAGCCUGAUCGAGUAUCGCAACACUCGAAGCUGCCUAAGAAAGGGAGCUCUAGAUUGAGUCGUCGACUCGACUCGCAACAAUCUAUGGACUCUGACUCUGUUUUGUCUACUACCAACAAACGUGUCCCCAAUUUGUUGGAGGAGGACCACGAUGGUUCUAACGACGACGUUGCUCAAUCUGAGAAAAGAACCAGCGCGAGACUGAAGAGACCUCCGGUUCUCCUGCCUAAUGGGACUGAGCCCAACCAAAAGAUGCAUUCCUUGAACGCCAGGAAGAGUUUGAUCAGCGAACCUGAUGCCCAAGUCCUCUUGCGUAAAGGUGACCGUGACGAUAGAACCAAGAGUCUCCUGCUUGCGGCCGGCAUGACAAAUCCGAAUCUAACACCACAGAGACCCAGUACUGCAGCCAAGAGUGGUUCCAGGUUACCAAGGUGACACACGCAAAUUAGAACCUUGGUACCUUAGAACAGUAAUGUCAGUGACUCAAUGACAUGCUGUGAAAUUCACUCUAGUAACGCUCUGCGUUUCACAUUCAUGAAGAUGACAGCGCACCUCAUCUGUUGGCUUUAGUACUCGCUUGUUCUUUUGCAACCAUCUGAAUCUGAAAAUCCCUUUCAAGAGGUACGACUCAAAUUGUGACA